GGGAGCCACAGUGCGCUGUGGGCUACCUGGAGUCUGGACGCUCAGUUUGUGGCUCUGCGGAAAGCAGCCGGCACUGCCAUGGAGACGUACGCGGGCCGCGUCGCACUGGUGACGGGCGCCAGCUCCGGCAUAGGAGCCGCCGUCGUGCAGGCGCUGCUCAGGAAAGGACUCACCGUCGUGGGGUUGGCCAGGAGGGUCGACAGAAUCAAGGCACUGGAAUUGAAGGAUGCUCCUGGCAAACUAUACGCAGUCGAAGGAGACGUGACGAAAGAGGAGAGCAUUACGUCCGCCUUCAAGUGGAUCAGCGACAACCUCGGUGGGGUCGACGUCCUCGUCAACAAUGCUGGAGUCUAUCACGACGGUGACUUAACCUUAUCCGAUACGGAAGCCUGGAGACGUACCCUGGAAGUGAACGUGCUGGGCCUAUGCAUCUGCACAAGAGAGGCGGUGCAGGACAUGCUACGCAGAGGCGUCGACGAUGGAUUCAUCGUUCAUAUUGGCAGUGUAGCGGGACAUUGCCCACCAGACGACGGCACCUCUGCGAUGUACUCUGCCAGCAAGCAUGCAGUCAGGGUCCUGCUGGAAGGACUGCGGAAGGACCUCGUCGCCAAGAAGAGCAAAAUUCGAGUUGGGGAAAUUUCGCCAGGGCUAGUCAACACUGAGAUAAUCACAAACUCUACAAGUUGGACGCCAGAUAUUUUUGAGGAGCUGCCGCAUAUGGAACCAGAAGAUGUAGCAGAUGCCCUCCUGUUCAUGCUAUCCCGACACCCACGUGUGCAGGUGUAUGAUAUCGUGAUGUACCCCACGGGUUCUGAAUAGCGGCCACUUUUGCUGCAGUGGUUGACUUCCAGUACUGAAAUGAGAACCUGGAUCACACCUUGCUCGGGACUUCUAUGUUUCCCUGUACGAAAAUGGUGCUUGUUUGAUUAAUUAUACAGUAUAAAGUGUUCCAGGAAUGUAAAGCUUUGUAUUAA